CAAGUACUUUUUUUGGGGAGUGCUACUCGAUGUCUCGAAUGGUGGUGGGCCUCCAGAAGGAUUCUCCGCUCCCGUGCAUUGGAGCAUACGCAGCCUUGAAUGAGAAAAGGAGGAGGACAGAGCCAUAUCUCACAAACAGGGCAGAUCCUCUAUCAUGAUAGCAGGGCUCCAAGUUCGAGGGUUCAUUGGGGGAAAAUGGUUAAUUGGCGCCGAGCAACUGACGGUGGCAAUGCAUUGCAGCUGGAGGUGGGGAAACGCUCUGGGUUCUGGCGAUCCCCGCACUACUACAGUUCAACUUUACUGUACUGUACACUGCCCAGUACCUCACCUCCACAACCUCGAACACUUCCGGCGUCUGGAACUUCGAUCCAUGAUAUCAGCCCGUCAGCUCAAAGCAACCCACAACACGAGCUCCGCAUAAAACCCCCCACUAUUGCCAGGAUUGCUACUUAUAUUUUCCCGUCCACUGCUCCCCCGCAAAAUCCUUCGUGCCAAUCCUUCCGGCACAUCGUCGGCUACUGCAUCCAUACCUCCCACGACUGUCUAGCUGUUUGUUCAACUUCAUUGCAAUUGCAAUGGAAAUUUGCUGGUCGCGGCAUCGUCCAGGUAUCGAUUGCCGAUCAUAAGCUUGUGCUCUCCUGCCUUCCGUCUGCGUUUGUUCUCAUCGAAGCAGACAAAGACGGUUUUCUAUGGACUAUCUUAGAUAAUAUAAGUAUGACGGGUGCCUCCGCAUUCUGGUUUCAUGUUCCAUACUAUUACUCCCAUACUAUUACCCUUGCCUAAUCGUAUCCCUGGGCCUUUUACUGCAUGAUGAAUGCAUCGCCCCCUCUUUGUAUGCGGGGAAGCUCUUUGUUUCCAACCACAUACCCCAACUUUCUCUUCUCAAACCACUCAUUCAAGAGUCAUCCAAGUUAAUAACCAUCGUCGACUAUAGCAGUACCCUGACUCAGGCGGCAUACUGAUUGGCUGCAGGAGGUCAAUGCCUGUCUUGAUCAUGGAGGGUCAAGGAG